AUGUGGAUGAGCUACAUGAUCCCGAUGCUGACAAUCUCGCAUAUCGCGCAAACGGCUAGCGUCUAUUUGAUCGUUUUUGCGGCAGUGGAAAGAUUCUGUAUCACGCUCAACACACGAGCUGUUCAACUACUACAAAGAAAUCGCUGUCUACUCGCUACCGUAGCUGUGAUGUGCGGCGUUUUUCCCAAGAGUACGAUACCUCUUGAGAUUCAGAUCACCUACAACGAGACGUGCUUCGGCCAUUUCAACGAGUUCGGGCUGAUGCCCGGGAAAAUUGUGCACGCCCAUUUGUAUGAGUACUGGCGCCUCUGGUUCCGGAACAUCUUCACCAUCGUCUUCCCGUUCCUCGUGCUCUUCAUGCUCAAUCUGCUGCUCUGCGGGGUGGAGGUGCGGCUCAGGCAGGCAGUCGCCACCGGGGCGAAUGGAGCCGUGAUGGGGGAUAAGCAGAAUGUACGACAGAAGAAGGCCCGAAUUCGCGCCGCGACGCGUACGCUGUCAAUCAUCGUACUGACGCAUCUGAUGAGCAAUCUGUUGAGCAUGGUGAUUACGGUAUGGGAGAUGUUCGACCCGGCGUCGCUGUGGACACCUACCUUCAUGCCCUUCUACAUCCUCUCCGUCGACGCCAUCUCCAUACUGCCGAUCGUGGCCUGUUCGCUGCGGCUGCCGAUUUACGCCUCUUGCCAGCCGCUGCUGAGGGCUGAAAUGAUACAAUUUAUCGCCCAAUCCUGCGUGAAGAAGAAAAUGUCCCGCCGCGCCACCAUUAUCGAAACGCAGCAUAUGGGCCAAGGACUGCUAGCAGGCCGAGAGCCGGCCGGCGACCAAGUU